AACCCUACUCAUCAAACCCUCAUAAUCAAGGAUUCUUUCUUGCAAAAAGAUACCAUUUUCACAAGUAAAGAUCCUUUUCUCUACUCCGUUGGUUACCCCACUUUAAAGCGCCCUACAUUGAUCAAUUGCCCCUUUGAUUGCGAUUCUGCUGAAACACAAAUUGUGGGUUCUUGCGAUGGAUUGCUGUGUUUGGCAGAUGGAAUUGCGGCGUAUAUUUUCAAUCUGGCGACGAGGAAACACCGGGUUUUGCCCGUUUCGCCUGUCGAAAUUCCUGGGUAUGUUCCUAAAGGACGUAAUAGAUUAAUUUUUGGUUUUGGGUAUGAUUAUAAGAAUGAUGAUUAUAAGUUGGUGCGAAUUAUUGAAAUAUUUCCUGAAAAUAGUGAUGAUCACAUUAGUGAAAUGAAGGUAUAUAGUUUGAAGACUAAUACUUGGAAAACUGUUAGCCCAGUUAUUAGGGAAUUUCCAUAUAAUUAUUACAUUGGUGUUGGUUUGUUUAGUGAGGGGGUUUUUCUGAAUGGGUGUUUGCAUUGGUUGGUGGUUAAAAAACCAAUAUCAGAAGCGGUGGAUGUGCUUGUUGCACUCGAUAUUGGGACGGAAGAACACGGGGUUUUGCCAAUACCUGAAUAUAAUGAGUUGAAAAUGGAUUAUUAUUCUAAUGUUGGGGUUAUUGAUGGGUGUAUUACGAUCCGGGUAUUUUAUCCUAACCAUCGGCUUGAUGUGUGGAUCAUGAAGGAGUAUGGGGUGAAAGAAUCAUGGACUAAGUGGUUUUCGAUUUCACAGUGGGAGAGUAUUGGUUUCUUUUCAUCUUUGAAGCCAAUUGUUUACUUGAAUAAGAAUGGUUCUGAGGAGUUGCUCUUUGAGAAAGACUUUAAGGAGCUUGUGUGGUUUGAUGUGAAGCGGCAAUCAUUUAAGAAUGUGAACACCCGUGGCCUUCCUUGGUCGUUUGCCUCAGCACUGCUGGUGGAAAGCCUUGUUCCGCUUGAUAGUCCUAAGGAAAAGAAGCCUAACAAGAAGAGUUAUCAUAAUAUGUUGUACUUCUCUGCCUUUUUAUUAUUGUAG